GAGAGGGUCUUGAUGCUCAGGGAGGACCCUUUGCAGAUGAGGGAAUAGAGCAGUUGCGCAGGCGCGAGUUUGCAGAGGCUGCCUCGUGCGACGAGCGCUGCACUCGCGGCCCGUGAAAGCGCGGGACGUUAGUCUGACCGGCCACGUGAUCUGCGAAAGGCGCGAAGUGGCCGUCGUCGGUUUGCCUCUGGUGUUACGUCGGUUUGCCUCUGGUGUUGCGUCGGGCCCUGACGAGAAGGCUUUACCUCGAUCUGCCUCAGACUCACAAUGCGUGAGUGUAUCUCUAUCCAUGUUGGACAGGCUGGUGUUCAGAUUGGUAAUGCUUGUUGGGAACUGUACUGUCUGGAACAUGGAAUCCAACCUGAUGGUCAGAUGCCCAGUGAUAAAACCAUUGGAGGGGGGGAUGAUUCAUUCAACACUUUUUUUAGUGAAACAGGAGCUGGCAAACAUGUGCCCAGAGCUGUCUUUGUGGACCUGGAACCCACUGUGGUUGAUGAAGUGCGAACAGGCACUUACAGGCAGUUAUUUCAUCCUGAACAACUUAUUACCGGGAAAGAAGAUGCUGCUAACAAUUAUGCCAGGGGCCAUUAUACUAUUGGAAAAGAGAUUGUUGAUCUAGUGCUAGACCGCAUACGCAAGUUGGCUGAUCUGUGCACAGGUCUACAAGGUUUCCUUAUUUUUCAUAGCUUUGGUGGAGGUACUGGUUCUGGAUUUGCAUCUCUGCUCAUGGAAAGACUCUCAGUUGACUAUGGCAAAAAGUCCAAGUUGGAGUUUGCAAUUUACCCAGCUCCACAAGUGUCUACUGCUGUGGUGGAGCCUUACAAUUCUAUCUUGACUACACAUACAACAUUGGAGCAUUCUGACUGUGCCUUCAUGGUAGAUAAUGAAGCUAUAUAUGAUAUCUGUCGACGCAAUCUUGAUAUUGAACGACCAACAUACACUAACCUAAAUCGUCUCAUUGGUCAGAUUGUUUCAUCUAUCACAGCAUCACUCCGUUUUGAUGGUGCUCUGAAUGUAGAUUUGACAGAAUUUCAGACAAAUCUUGUCCCAUAUCCACGAAUCCAUUUCCCUCUGGCAACAUAUGCACCUGUAAUCUCAGCUGAAAAGGCAUACCAUGAGCAAUUGUCUGUGGCAGAAAUCACUAAUGCCUGUUUUGAACCAGCCAAUCAGAUGGUAAAAUGUGAUCCUCGCCAUGGGAAAUAUAUGGCUUGUUGUAUGUUAUAUAGAGGUGAUGUUGUCCCAAAAGAUGUCAAUGCAGCCAUUGCAACUAUCAAGACAAAGCGUACCAUUCAGUUUGUGGAUUGGUGUCCUACUGGAUUCAAGGUCGGUAUUAAUUAUCAACCACCCACUGUAGUACCAGGUGGGGAUUUGGCCAAAGUGCAACGUGCUGUCUGUAUGCUGAGUAAUACAACUGCCAUUGCAGAAGCUUGGGCUCGUCUUGACCAUAAAUUUGAUCUGAUGUAUGCUAAACGAGCCUUUGUUCAUUGGUAUGUUGGGGAAGGAAUGGAAGAAGGAGAAUUUUCAGAAGCUCGUGAGGAUCUGGCUGCUCUUGAGAAAGAUUAUGAAGAAGUGGGUGUUGAUUCUGUAGAAGCUGAGGCUGAAGAAGGAGAAGAAUAUUAAACAGUAAUGUCAGAUGAUAAACAUUUUAAUAACAUCAGUUCAUUUGUUCUGUUUCAAGUAAACAAAGUUCUAGCAAUAGUUUUGUUUAAUAAUUGUUUACGAUAACUUUAAAAUUUUGUAAUAGUUACUGUUUUGAGGAAAAAAGGAACAAUAAAGUUUGUAAAAAAUGCUGCAUGCCUUCAUCAGGUUUACAGAAGAGAAAGGACAUGGUUGACUAAUUCUUCCGCCUUUCCUCCUUCCCCUUGUUCUGUCUUAGAAAAUCCAUUAAUACAUUACACUGAAAAUAAUCUUCGAAAUGUAACUACUACUUACUCUUAGUAUGUACAUCUUCAUGGUGAAAAUUACACUGGAACAUCUUUGUUCUGUCAUGCACAUGGACUUUUGGUGCAUGGAAACUGUCAUGUCACAAUUUCGAUUGAAAGAUGUGCCUGUUAACUAAAAUUAAGUAAAAAUAUGCCUCCCAAUUUGUGCUUUUUUUCCACCUCUCAUUGGUUAAACAGGAUCUGAGGAGGCUUUACUUUGAUCUGAGGCUGUAAAAAUUAGUUUGGAAAAGGCCUUCAGAAUGGUUUAUGGAUUUAAUUACCUUAAUUUGCUGUUUGUCAUACCAAGGAGAAAAGAUAACUGAACAAGAAUACCCUUAAAAGUUGGAAACAUGGGAAAUAUCAUCACCCUAUGUAAAUAUAAAACUAAUGAAAAAGCUCAGAAUUUCAGCUAUAGGAUUAUUUCAAGGAAUAAAAAUCUUGUCCCACUGUUGGCAUUCGUCUCUGGAUCCCAUUGUGCCUAAAAGUAAAACUAUACAGUGCAACUAAAGCAUUACACCCUUAUAAGUCUGCUGGAAACAGUGGACUUAGAAAAGAGCAACAGUUCAAAAUAAUGCUAAAAAAAUAGAAAUGCACAGGCUGGGUCAAGUGUUGCAUACAUACUAUCCCUGCAAUCACCCCUAUUUCAGAACCAGGCUUCUGGUAAUGUAUAGUCACUAAUCACAGCAAAUCUCAAUGUAAUGUUAAUGAUAAGGUGAACCUUGACUGGCUUAUGCUUUGAUGCAGUGGUAGUUAAAUGAAGACUGAAGAGUUGAACAGGUUUACUCAGUUUGCACCUUAAUUCAGAACAUUGUGUUGUAAUAGUCAUGUUCAUAAUGAAUAAAAAUGGUAUUGAUUAAACUUUAAUAAUUUGAAAUA